AAAUGAUUUCUAUUUCAAAUUCUAUGCUAAAUGAUAUAUAAUAUGAAUCACUUAACUAAUAUUUCAUCAAAUAUAUUCUCGAAUAAGUGUGAUAUUAAAUAUCUGACCUUGAGAAACGAACAACAAAGUUCUAAAAACAAUAAUGAAAAGAAUUUUUUGUAUAUUGUUAUUCUGUUUUCAUGCACCUGGAUGAUUGAUAGGCUCAUAUCAAUAAUCCACAAAUACUUGAAUAGUUUAUGAGAUAUUCUUUAUCAUUGUCAUAAGAUGAAAUAAAUCUUUCAAAUAUUAUCUCAGGUGAUUAUUCAAUUUUUAAAGCUUGAUAAAAAGAAAAAAGAAGGAUUAUCAAUAAUAAAUAGCUUCGAGUUUCAUGACAAAAUUAAAUUUGGUUUAGAUCUUAUUACGUCGUAGUCAAUCAGUAUUCGACGUUUUUUCGACUAGUUGGCAUGAUCUAUUUCAAAAGGCUCAGUAUUUAACAACGGUGAUACCAUAUGAUCGUGAGCACUCAACAUAUUUAUCCGUUGAUAAUUUACAAAGUUUAAAUAAAAUUCUUCAUGCAAUUAAUGAAGAUAGUGCUCAGGUUCCAGAAUUAUUAACCAAAUACAUUCUCAAUGUUCUAUGUCCAUGUUGA